AUGUCACAAUCACCCCGAGAGCCUAGCAGUCUUUGUAUCUCUUGUAUGAAGCCAGGGUGCAACUGCUGGUUUAGAAAUUGGUCAGGGUACACUCAACAUAUGAAUGCAAAGCAUCCUGCUUUCUUAACACCACCUUGUCCACCAAGUUUUGGGCUUGUCCCUGAUAUCACAGAUCACAACUUUGGUGACACCAGUCCCAUGGAUGACGAAGAUCCUCUGCAAUCAAUGGCAGAAUUUUUAGGCACUGGCGAUCAGUUGUAUAGGAAUUACUAUCCUUUCCUGUUGGUAAGUUGUUCAACCAUUCAAUUUUUGUUAAAUGAUACUAAAAAAUAUACCUACAUCUACAUAGCUCACCCUUGUGAUCCUGACAGCACAUUCCUUCCACCAGGAACUCCUCCACCACCACUCACAGAAAAGUCACUGGAUGACUGGACUCCCUGUGGAAGCUGUGUCAAAUUCAAGCUUGCUGACUACCUGUUUACAAGGAAUCAAACUCCCACAUAUUCAAUCAAUCAACUCCUGAACAUUUGGGCAGCUUCCUUAGUCCUAGCUGGGAGUAAAUUCAUGCUGUUUUCUGAUCAUUGCAACCUCUACAAGACAAUUGACAAUGCUCCCCUUGGUGAUGUCAAAUGGCAGUCUUUUUCAGUCAAAUACACUGGCACCAUUCCAGAUGAAGAUGCCCUAUCCGGAUAUGCAGAUAUGACAGAUUCUCAUGAUGUUUGGUUUUACAACCCCUGCGAUGUUGUUCAAAACAUGCUUGCUAAUCCAGAGUUUGCUACAGAGAUGAACCUUCAACUCUACCGCAAGUUCACAACAGAGAAUGAUGAACACCAAUGGAAAGAUUUCAUGUCUGGAGAUUGGAGCUGGGCUCACACUGACAAAAUAUCCAAAGAUCCUGACACUCAUGGCUUAACAUUUGUGCCAGUCAUUCUUGGAAGUGACAAAAUGACUGUUUCAGUUGCAACAGGACAGAAUGACUACUAUUCGCUCUACACCUCUAUCGGUAAUGUUCAAAAUAAUGUGUGUCACACUCAUCGCGGUGCUGUAGCUGUUAUAGGCUUUCUUGCAAUGCCCAAAAUGAUCAAAGAGCAUGCUGAGACACCAGGCUUCCGAAAUUUUCAAUGCCAACUCUUUCAUUCUUCACUUUCAUUCAUCCUCAAGAACCUCAAGCCUGCUAUGACAAAGCCUGAGGUUGCACAGUUCAGGGAUGGCCAUUAUCAGCAUGUGAUCUACAGACUUGGACCUCACAUUGUGGAUUAUGAAGAGCAAGUGCUGCUCACCUGUAUAUUACAAAAUUGGUGUGCCAAAAACCUUGAUGAUAUCAGUCUCUGUCACUCAAGAUCUCACAUGGAUGCACUCAUUGAGGAGUGCAACUCUGGAACCCUGAAGUCCAAAUAUGGUUUAGUUGGUGAGCUUGUGCCAUUUACAAAUGAUUUCCCCCAUGCUGAUAUUCAUGAGCUGCUCACACCUGACAUUCUCCAUCAGCUCAUCAAGGGAGCAUACAAAGAUCAUUUGGUUGAGAUCGCAGCAGUUCCUCCAUUCCCUGGAUUGCGCAGAUUUCCCCAAGGACAUCACUUCAAACAGUGGACAGGUGACAACUCAAAAGCACUUAUGAAGGUUUACUUACCCACAAUUGAAGGUUAUGUCCUGGUUGAUGUUGUGUGUGCCUUCCAGGCAUUACUUGAGUUCUGUUACCUCAUUCAUUGUAAUGUCAUCACCAAAAAAUCCCUCUCUGAAAUUGAAGAUGUGCUUACUUGUUUUUGCACAUAUCACAAGGUUUUCAAGACCACCAGAGUAGUCACUACCUUCUCACUUCCUAGGCAACAUUCCAUGUCUCAUUAUGCACUGGGACAGAUGCUGCUAACUAAUCAGUGUUUAGAUAAAUUGGCAGCAUCACACAUGGAUUUCCAUGUUCAUGGAAUGCUCACAGAAUCAUCAGCAGAUAGAGGACCUGCUAUUCACUCUGCACAAACUGAUGCAGAAGAGCCCCAUAUCAGCUCAGACUCACAAGAACCUAGCAUGCCAAAAAGUGCCAGCAUGCCUGAUGCUGAUGUUAUCACUGACUCUGAGGACAUUGACAUACCAACAUCUGUCCUUGCACAUGGGACAAAGCAGGUGCAAAGUGUCCAUGCACUUGCCAAUGAGCUUGAUAUCCCACAUUUGGCUGAUCUUGUCUUGCAAUUCCUUGCCAGACAAUUAUAUCCGGACAUGCAUCAGCAAAACCCUAACCCUAUUCUCAUGGACUGCGCUCUAUCAGUGUUCUUUGCACUGAGCAAUUUGAGUGAGAUUGGUGGGAUGAAACAUGAAUACAUUUGUGUGUCUCCCAAGUGGAGAAGUGGGCAUGCAUGCAGAGAUUGCAUGUUUUUCAUUACUGACCCAAAUGCUCACGGAAUGCAGGGUAUGGACAUUGCUCAGGUACUCACUUUUUUUUCUUUUUGA